AUGGGAGAAUCCGGGGUUCAACACCGGUCCGGCUAUGAACGAUUGACUGCAGAAGAAAUGGAUGAGCAACGCAUCCAAAAUGUGGCAUACCAGUAUUUGUGCCGGUUGGAGGAAGCAAAGAGGUGGAUGGAGGCCUGUUUGAAUGAGGAACUCCCAGCACCAACUGAGCUUGAGGAGGCACUGAGGAAUGGAGUUCUGUUAGCAAAGCUUGGCCACUGCUUUGCUCCAAAUGUAGUUUCUAUCAAGAAGAUUUAUGAUAUUGACCAGGAACGUUACAAGGCGGUGGGGCUGCAGUUCCGUCACACUGAUAACAUCAACCACUGGAGGAAUGCAAUGGUGGAGGUCGGACUACCCUCGAUUUUCUAUCCUGAAACCACAGACAUCUAUGACAAGAAGAAUAUGCCCCGAACUGUCUACUGUAUUCAUGCUCUCAGCCUCUACCUCUUUCGUUUGGGUCUGGCUCCUCAGAUCCAUGACUUGUGCGGCAAAGUCAAGUUCACUGAGGAGGAGAUCAACAACAUGAAACUGGAACUGGAUAAAUACGGUAUCCAGAUGCCAGCCUUCAGCAAGAUCGGAGGAAUCCUAGCCAAUGAGAUGUCAGUAGACGAGGCUGCUGUGCAUGCAGCAGUGAUAGCCAUUAAUGAGGCAGUGGAGCGGGGCUGUGUGGAGGACACAGCACAGGCCCUGCGUAACCCCAACGCCAUGCUGUCUAACCUGCAGGAACCUCUCAUGGCCAUCUAUCAGGAGAUGCUGCGCCAGGCUCGCACUCACAAAGCAGCCCAGGCAUCUGCUAAAGUGAAUGGUUCUAUGGAGAAGGACAUUUAUGAGGAGUAUCUGACACAGAGUGAGAUUCAAGAAAACAUCACUAAAGUUAAUGUGCGAGCAGCUGUGGAGCGUGUGGAUGAGGCUCUAGAGUGUGGCGAUCCUCUGGCUCUGAUCUUGGCCCUGCAGAGUCCCAGCCUGGCUCUCAGAGGGCUGCUCAGAGACCACGCUGACUGGUACCUGGUACAGCUCGCAGCAGACAGAGAACAGAAAGCCCUGGAUCUUGGCUGUGUGGACCCUCUGGAGAGAGAUGAGCUGCAGGAAGGUGUCAGUGUGGCCAAUGAGGACGCUCAGCGCUCCCAAACAAUGCUGCAAGCGGUGUCCAAAAUCAAUGAGGUUUUGCGGCUUGGUGAUGCACGUCAGACGGUGCGUGCCCUAAUGAACCCAGAUGCCCACCUCCCAGAUGUCUAUCCCUUCGCAGCUGAGCUUUACCAGAGAGAGCUCUCCCCUCUGCAGCAGCAGUGCCCUCAGGGUGAGCUGCAGCAGGAGGAGCUGUUUGUAGCAGUAGAGAUGCUGUCUGCAGUGGCUCUGAUUAACCAGGCACUGGAGGCUAAGGAUGUAGGAGCAUUUUGUGCCACACUCGUCAGCCCUGCUGCUGGCCUCUCUGACAUCGAUGACAGCUUAAUGCAGAGGUACUUUGAGGAGUUGUGUGAGCUGAAGAGAAAGGCAGGCAGAGCUCUCUUGACAUGGAAUGAGUUGCAGAGUGGACUCAACAGUGUCAAUAUCGCAGCUCAGGAGGAGCAUGACCAGAUCUUGACUAUUGGACUGAUUAACCAGGCACUCUGUCGCAAUGAUCCUCAGAAAACUUUAUCUGCAUUGCUGCUGCCCUCUAGUGGCCUGAAGGAUGUACUACCACAAAACGGCAAACGCUACCAUGACGUGCUGACCCGUAUCAAGAAACACAAAGCAGAGCUGAGCCGGGACCCUGCAGCAGAGCUGUGGUUAGCUGACAUUCAGGAGGGUGUGAGACUGGCCAACCAGGACACUCAGAGGGCACUGAAGAUGUCUCUUGGCCUGGCUGCUGUCAAUCAGGCAGUUAAGGAAGGAAAACCGUCUCAGACCCUGCGAGUACUACGUCUCCCCGAGGUGGCGCUGCGGAGUGUGGUGGCAGAGUGUACAGAUGGUUACCAGAUGGAACUGGCUUCCCUGCUCCGUGCAAAAGCCUUGGAGGGUGAUAACAAAAGUCCAUGGCUGAGGACUAAAACUCAAGACGGCAGCUCUUACUACUUCCAUCUGCAGAAGCUGGAGGGCUUCUGGGAGAGACCUCAGGGCUUUGUCCAGAACAGCAUCUUUCUCAAUCAUGAAGAGAUCCAGGCAGUGUGCAGUAGUGUAACUCUGGCCCACAGUAGGGAGGUGCAGUGGCAAGCCAGUGAGCCACUGGUGCUGCAGCUGCAGGCCCGUGCACGUGGCUUCCUCCUCAGACAGAAACUUGCCGAACGUCUGCAUUUCCUUAACACCCAACUACCUGCCAUCAUAACUAUUCAGUCUCACUGGCGGAGGUAUUUGCAGCAGAGGGCCUAUAGGGAGAGGCUGCAGUACCUCUAUCAGAACUGGAGAGCAGUGGUCAAGAUCCAGGCUACAGUUAAGAUGUGGCUGGCUCGUAGGAAAUACCAAGCUCGCCUGCGCUACUUCAGAAGACAUGUUGGUGCCAUUAUAAGGAUCCAAGCUUUCUUCAGAGCCAAUAAAGCCCGUGAAGAGUAUAACAUGCUGGUGCACUCCAGCACUCCGCCUCUGUCUGUAGUGCGCAAGUUUGCCCACUUGUUGGAGCUAGGGGAUAAUGAUAUUCGCCAGGAGGGGGAGCUGUUGCGCCUACGAGAGGAGGUGGUGCGCAAUAUUCGCUCGAACAGGCAGCUGGAGGCAGACCUGGACCUUAUGGACCUGAAGAUUGGCUUAUUGGUCCGCAACCGUGUUACACUGCAGGAGGUGGUUUCACACCAUAAGAAACUCACCAAGAAGAACAAAGAAGAGCUGUCUGAUAUGAUGGCCCUGGAGAAGCACAAAGGCCUGAAGUCUCUGAGCAAAGACAAACGAGAGAAACUGGAGGCAUACCAACACCUCUUCUACCUGCUGCAGACCCAGCCUUCAUAUCUGGCCCAGCUCAUCUUCUUGAUGCCACAGAAUAAGAGCACACGUUUCAUGGAAACUGUGAUCUUCACUCUCUUUAACUACGGCUCUGACUGUAGAGAGGCUUACCUACUGCUGCAGCUCUUUACUGCAGCCCUGCGCCAUGAGAUCAAACUGAAGGUGGACCAGCCUCAGGAGGUAGUGACAGGGAACCCUACAGUCAUAAAGAUGUUGGUUAGUUUCUACCGUCACGCUCGUGGCCAGAAUGCACUGAGGGAUAUCCUGGGGCCGGCAGUGCGUGAGGUUCUGCAGGAUCGCACGCUCAGUAUCCGCACUGACCCUGUGGACAUCUACAAGAGCUGGAUCAACCAGACUGAGAGCCAGACCGGCCACAAGAGCUCCCUGCCAUAUGAGGUGAGUGCAGAGCAGGCUCUGAGCCACCCAGAGGUACAGCAGCGUUUAAACAUCGCCAUCACUAACCUGAAGAGUCUGACUGACCGCAUACUCAAUGCCAUCACCAGCAACAUCCAUAAACUGCCGUAUGGGUUGCGCUACACUGCCAAGGUUCUGAGAGAUGCCCUGCAAGAGAAGUUCCCUCAGGCCAGUGCAGAUGAGAUGUACAAGAUUGUAGGUAAUCUGGUGUACUACCGCUACAUGAACCCAGCAGUGGUGGCUCCAGAUGGUUUUGAUGUGGUGGAGUUUGGGGUGGGUUCCACUCUGCUGCCGGACCAGCGGAGAACUCUUGGCUCCGUUGCUCGAAUCCUGCAGCACAGUGCAGCACACAAGCACUUCCAUGGAGAUUCUGCACACCUGCGCGCCCUCAAUGACUACAUCACACACACGCACACCAAGUUCAGGAAAUUCCUGCAUGCAGUGUGUGAUGUUCCUGAGCCUGAGGAGCGCUUUAACAUUGAUGAGUAUUCAGAGAUGGUCAUUCUCAACAAACCUGUUAUCUACAUUUCUAUUGGCGAGCUCAUCAACACACACAAGCUGCUGCUGGAGCACCAGGAAGCACUGUGUCCUGAACAAAAUGACCCUCUCCUCUUGCUGCUCAGGGACCUAGGCAAGGUGCCCUCUGUCCAAGCCCUCGUCGGUGAAGGGGUUAUCAACUCUGCAGAUCCAAACCUGGAGCAAACUUUGGCUCAUUACAAUAAGAUGGAAGUGUCCCUGACCCUAACCAGCAAGUUCGACAUCUUUAAAAGUUCAGAUGACAAACCUGACGCCCGAGGCAUUCUGCUCAGCACCAAGCAGCUGAUAAUCGAUGUGAUCAGAGCUCAGCCUGGCGACACACUGAGUGAGGUUCUGCGAUCCUCCGUCUCCCAGGAUCAGGAGGUGCAGCAUGGCUGGAUGAUGCACCGUAGGGCACAGCGGGAUGCCCGCACCCCAGAAAAAAUGAAGAGGAACCAGUCUCUGAUAGCCGACAGCAACCUGACACUGGAGGAGAAAAAGCGUAAGAUCCAGCGCAGCCUGAGGAGGCUGGAGGCUCUGGGAGUGCUCACCCCACCAGACUCUGAGACUCAGAUCCUGCAGCUCAUCGCCAAGGAUAUUCGUCACCAGCGUCUGUACAGGCAGAGACGCCAGGCUGAGCUGGUGAAGCUCAAGCAAACGCUGCACAGCCUGCACUGCAAGAGCUCCUUCCACUCUGAGCAGGUUGACUACUACAGCCAAUACAUCUCCACCUGCCUGCGCAACCUUACUGCCAGUCAGGUGAAUGGGAAGAAGGCAGCAGACAGUAAAGGGAAGAAGAGCAAACAGCCUACACUCACCUACACCGCUGCCCGGCUUCAUGAGAAAGGAGUCUUGCUGGAGAUAGAGGACCUGCCCAUUACACAGUUUAAGAAUGUGAUCUUUGACAUUAUACCCAGUGAGGAGGGAGGCACCUUCCUGGUUAAGGCUCGAUUUUUGGGAGUGGACAUGGAACGCUUCCCCUUGAAAUAUCAGGACUUGUUGCAGCUCCAGUAUGAAGGUGUUGCUGUGAUGAAGAUGUUUGAUAAGGCCAAAGUGAAUGUCAAUCUCCUUAUCUUUCUCCUCAAUAAGAAAUUCUUCAAAAAGUGAUGUGGAACAGUCAUGGUCAGGUCAUCCAACACUAUACACAAACACUUCACAGUUACUACCAUAAACUACAAUAACUAUAAUGAAACUACAAUACAGUUUAUAGCUUAACUUUAUUUCAUAUAAUGGGAAUUGCACUUUAUUGGGUGCUUGUGGGGGGAAAAAAAGGGAAAUGAUUUUAGGUACAGGAAAAGCUUAACUGGUUUAUUACAUGAUUAUAAUUGAACGUGCCAAAAAUGGCUAAUAUAAUCGAAAUAAUACAGCUCUCAUUUGUAUACAUGUGUGAGCUGCCUUUUUGUCUCUCUUUAUGGUUAUGCUCUACUUGGGCAUUGAUCCAACCAUUUUGUAUUUCAGAGGGACAAGACCCUUACAGCAGCUUGGCAGGGGUAUAUUUUAUAAAAUCCCAGGUGUGGGUUAUCAUACCUCUGUUUACGGACCCCUUUGACACUACACUCUGUUAUCUAUCUUUAUAUCAAUUAAGCAGAUAUUGUUGAGUAUCUUUUAAUAGCCAUUAUACUGUACCAAAAGGACAAUCUUCUAUAUUUGUAUUUUUCCUGAUCUGAGUGUCAGAUGUCUAUUUUUAUUGUACUGUUUGUGUUUUGUAUAACUUAUGUAAUGUGUUGAUAUUUUUGUUUCAUUUUAUCACUCCAUUUCUUUAUUAUAAGCCUCAUUGCUUUGUGUGCAUUAUUAAAUGCUGGCACUUAAACCGAACACUCCCUGUUGUCUAUAUAACACUCCAGUCCAGCAGUAUUGGUGAAUUGUCCCUCCACUUAGCAAAGCUGUACUCCUAAGCUACAUAUACAAUUCAGUGGUACACUUUCUAUAGUGGUCUGUGCUUUUUCCAACCAGCCCCGAGCCAUGUUCCUGUUCCUAAUGGCUUAGAUGUUGAUGUAUGAUGGGCAGCUUGACUGUGUGUGCAGUCAGCUCAGACACCCACGCUUUACAGCCACUGCAGUCAACUCAGCUGCUAAUCAACAGGUUUUGAGUUCCACGGCACUAAUUGCAUAGCUGCUCAGCAAUUAUGUGGCUCCAUUUCAGUUUGGUGUAAAGUUGUUUGGCAGUGCUGUUGAACACUGGUGUUAAACAUUUUAGUAGACUUAAUGUCUUGCAGUGUUUUUGUUUUGUAACUUCUAGUACAAGUGUUCUCAUAGUUAUCCGGUAUUGCUAUCACAUUGUCUUUACUGUAAAUAUUUUCUGUCCACUUUUUCCUCCAAAGUGUUUUUCAUUCUGUUCCUCAUUUCAUCACUCUGUGUUACUCGAAAACUUUUGGUAU